AUGGUCGCGCACGCAGCCAUUCCCAUCAUCGUAGGCGUUGGAGAUGUGCGCAACAGGUCGUUCAAGGUGGAAGACGCGAUUGAACCGGCCCAGCUCAUGGUUGACGCUAUUCAGAAAGCCAUUGAUGACAGUGGAUUGGACCUGGCAGCCCGGAAGUCUCUCGUAUCACAGAUUGACAGUCUGAGAGUGGUGCCGACAUGGACUUGGGCAUACAAUGACCUACCUGCUGUAAUUUCCGAGCGUUUACGAAUCAACCCAUCUCAGCGAGUUCAAGGGGAGCAUGGCGGCAACCAACCUGCCUUGCAUUGUGACGAAGCAGCUCGCGACAUUGCCGAGAGAAGGAGCCUUGUUUCGGUACUCACAGGCGGAGAGGCCCUAGCAUCCCUCGCGGCUUGCCAAAAAGCUGGUCAAAACCCUCCCAAUGGCUGGCUUGAGCCGGAUCCCAAUGGGAAGCAGCUGGCGUCCCUUGACCUCUCAAUUCUCAGAGAGAGCUCCGGUACUUUACAUUCCAUGGGUCUGCCCAUACAUGUGUACCCUCUGUAUGAGAAUGCCCGUCGCGCGCACCAAGGUCAAUCCGCAGUGGAAAAUGGCAUGGAGUCCGCAAAGAUGUAUGCAGAAUUCGAUAAAAUAGCAUCUCAAAACGAGUACUCCUGGAAUUACCAAAUGCCACCAAAGACUGCUGAACAAAUAGGAUUGCCGUCGAAGAAGAAUAGGAUGAUUUGUGAUCCCUACCCUCUGCUGAUGAACGCUUUCAACGGUGUCAACUUGUCAGCAGCCUGCAUCUUGACCUCUACUGAGAAUGCACAAAAACUCGGUAUUCCCGAGGACAAGUGGGUUUAUGUUUUGGGAGGUGCUGGUACCCACGAAAAGGAUGAUUUUUGGGAACGACGGCAUUUGCACCAUAGCGAAGCAAUUUCCAAGUCGAUUGAUGCUGCGCUAGAUGUCUCGGGGCUGUCCACAAGCGACAUUGAUUGCUACGACUUCUACUCUUGUUUUCCAAUUGUCCCAAAGCUUGCUUGCGACCACGUUGGUCUCUCCACAACGGCAUGGCAAAAGCCCAUCACAGUCCUCGGCGGCUUGACGUCUUUUGGCGGUGCCGGAAACAACUACUCUAUGCAUGCCAUUAACGCCAUGGCACGAUUGCUUCGACUCAAGAAGCGACACACAGGUCUUAUCCUAGCGAAUGGCGGCAUGCUCACCCAUCAACAUGCCCUUUGUCUGUCAGCCAGACCCCGCGGUGAUGGUCGUACGUAUCCAAAGAGCAACCCUCUACCAGAAGUUGUGGACGAAUAUAGCCCACCAUUUAUUGAAAAGGCCGACGGCGUGGCUACGAUUGAAACUUACACGAUCGAGUAUAAUCGAGACGGUACACCAGGAGUCGGCCUUAUAGUUGGACGGUUACAAGGGACUGGACAAAGGUUCCUGUCUAAUCACGGCGAUGACAACACUCUCAAUCAACUGGCGGCCACAUCCUCAGAGCACAUUGGAAAGUUAGGCCGCUUCCAAUUGAAUAGAGAAGAAUAUUGA